GGGCUGCUCGCCGCCCUCGGAUCCUUCCGCCUGCGCCUCGCCCGUGCCGCAGCGUCGUGUCCCCGGAGCCUGGACUGCGCCCUGCAGCGCCGAGAGUUCUGCCCGCCGGGCUCGGGUGCCUGCGGGCCCUGCCUGCCCCCCUUCCAGGAGGAUGGCCGCGGCCGCUGUGUCCAGAAGCAGCUCUCACCCAGUGGACGGACCUCUGUUCCCAGCUUGGAGGCAGAAAUCGAUCUUCUCGCGGAUGUGCUGGCCAGGCAGGAGGCUCCUCGCCAGCACCCGGCACAGGAUGGCAGACCCAGCACCACCCUGGUGCCCGACGGUGGCAGACGGCGUGUGGCCAGUGGGCUGAGAGGGGGGCACCUGCAGCAGGGUCCCGCUGGCACUCUGGCAGCCACCGCCCUCCCCAGCCCUGCCACAGCCCAGAAGUACCCGGUGGAGGCGUCCCCCAUCCCUGCAAGUGACAGCGUGGUGCUCGGGCUGAUCGUGGUGUGCACAGUGGCCGGGAUCUCCGCGCUGAUCGUGGCGGCCGUCUGCUGGUGCAGGCUGCAGAAGGAGGUCAGGCUGGCACAGAAAGCAGACUACUCAGCCCAGCGAGUAGCCAGCCCCCUGCCCUAUGACAAGAUCUCGCCCGGGGACAAGACGCUGGCUCAGAGUGCCCAAAUGUACCACUACCAGCACCAAAAGCAGCAGAUGCUCUCCCUGGAAAAGCAUAAAGAGGAACCCAAGCUGCCAGACUCAGCAUCAUCUGAUGAGGAGAAUGAGGAUGGAGACUUCACCGUGUAUGAGUGCCCCGGGCUGGCUCCGACCGGAGAAAUGGAAGUGAGAAACCCGCUAUUUGACGACUCCUCCUUACACCCCUCCAACCCCAAGUCGCACCAGUAAGCGCUCCAUCUCCUGUGCCCGAGCUCGCUGCAGACUGUGCCGUGCCCGUGGCCGUGCCCGAGGGGUGGCCGUGCCGGAGGGACACCCCCAGCUGGGCCGAGGGACGCUGACCCAGACUGUUCGACGCCUGCCCAAUAAACACCCACUAACAGCUAUGGGGGGGGGACCGCCCCC